CCCUCUUUCCUAGCAAUCAUAGGUGUGUCUACACCUUUUUAAAAGAAGGAGCAGCUGAUAAGACUGUAAUUCAACACUGUUACUGCUUCAGGAAACACAAGCUGGUAGCUGCAAAAGUAAAUAUACUGUCUAGGCCAGUCAGUGGAUCAUCUGUGCUUGCCCACCAAAUCACAGCCCAGCUUGCAUGUCUGUGAGCCCACAUGCAAAGUUGUGAUCUAAUGUCAGAGCCUCCUAAGUGCUGCAUCUGCCUGGGUGAGUUCACCAGGCCUGCUUCCCUCCCCUGUGGACACCGCUUCUGUCUGGGAUGUAUCGGAGAAUACUGGAGGAUCCUGGAGGCCUGUCGGUGCCCCCUCUGCAAGGCCUUCUUCCCCACCAGGCCUCAGCUCAAAACCGACCAAACGUCGCAGCCUCCCAGAGCAACAGUUCCUUUAAAAGCCGGAGAGGUUCCCUGUGAUCUCUGCCCCGCCAAGCGUCCAGCAGUCAAGUCCUGCCUGGUGUGUCUGGCUUCCUACUGCGACGCACAUCUGGAGGAGCACUACCAGAGGGAAGAUCUUGGGCGCCAUCUUCUGAUCAGUGUGGUGAAGAACCUGGAGGAGUCUGUGUGCAGGCUGCAUGGGAAGCCACUGAGGAGCUUCUGCAGCAGCGACCGAGCGUGCAUCUGUGCCAUGUGUGCCCAGACAGAGCACAGGGGCCACCACAUUAUCUCCAUCAACAAAGAAGCCGCCAAGAAGAAGGUUUUAAUAAGACGGAGAAGUCAUAGACUGCAGCGAGCGAUUCAAGAGAGACAGAGUAUAGUGGAGAAGAUCAGACAUUCAGUGGACUUCUGUGGAGAAAAUCCAAAACAGACAUGUGUACAAGACAAAGAGCCCAUCCAGCAGCUGGAGGAGGAAAUCGCUGAGCUGCAGGAGAGAAACGCUGAGCUGGAGAAGCUCUCAAAGACUGAAGACAGCCUGCACUUUGUACAGAGAUUCCUGCACAAUGCUUCAUGACUGGGCUAACAUGCCGACGGUUCACAAGAGCAACGGAACAAAGUUGUUUUUUAUUGUCUAACAUGCAUAUUACCAUCUAACAUGUAUGUAUAUGUGUAUAU